AUGGCAAAUUUUGUUGCAAUUCCUGAUCCACAAACAAAUCCUUCGCAUCCUUUGUUUUUGCAUCCAAAUGAGAGUCCAGCACUGGUUUUGGUUUCACCACCCUUAAAUGGUGAAAACUAUCACUCAUGGGCUCGAGGAAUGAAGGUAGCACUGAUUUCUAAAAAUAAACUAGGCUUCAUCGAUGGCAGCAUUCCUGCACCAAAUCAAGACGAACCUACGUUUGCUGCUUGGCAACGAUGUGAUACGAUGGUGAUGGCAUGGAUCCGAAGAUCCAUAUCUGAAUCCAUAGUGAAAUCAAUCAUAUGGAUAGAACAUGCUCGCGACGCCUGGCUAGAUCUACAAGAACGAUUUUCCCAAGGUGAUGUGUUUCGAAUCUCAGAUUUGAUGGAAGAAACUUUUUGCUUGAAUCAGGGAGACAGAUCUGUUACUGAUUAUUACACACACCUCAAAACAGUAUGGGAUGAGUUAGACAACCUCAAACCUCUCCCUAAUUGUGUUUGUGCUGUUCCAUGUGUAUGUGGAGCAAUUACUAGGAUGAGAGAGUAUCGUGAGCAAGAACAAGUUAUAAGGUUCUUGAGAGGGUUAAAUGAUCAAUUUGCAUCUGUAAGGUCUCAGAUCAUGUUAAUAAGUCCAUUACCAAAUAUCAACCGAUCCUUUUCACUCGUUUCUCAGCAAGAAAGGCAAUUCAAAUUGGACAAUCAUGUCACUGAUGCAAACCAGUCAUCAGUCUUCAAUGUCACAAAUCGGAGAGGAGGUCCUAGUUAUGGUGGAAGAUUUAAUGGAAGAGGACGAGGUCGAAACUUUGGAGGCAGAUCUCAGACUACUCGCAUAUGCACUCACUGUGGCAGAAACAACCACACAAUUGAGACAUGUUAUCAACUACAUGGAUUUCCACCAGGUUACCGCAAUAAUAAUAGGAUCUCCAAUACAAAUGCUGCAAGCACAGAUCCUCAGAAUUUCAUCAAGAUGUUUCAGUUGCCUCGAAUUCAGAAUCCUACAUGCAUAUGA